AUGAUGAUAUUUCAAUUAAAUUUGCUAAGAAAUUUUAUACUAAACUUUUUUCAGAAUAGAAAUAGUAAAAUGAGUAAAAUGGAAUAAAUUUAAAAUAGCUUUUUCAGGAUGUACAAUUAGAUUUAUGCAUUUAACAUAUUAAAAGCUAAUAAACUGAAGAUAAAAAAAGUAGUUAACCUAAUACAAAAUUUAUAAACUGUGAAUGCAUAUAACAGCUAAUUAAAUAAAUCUUAGAAAAGCAAUAUGAAAAGGAAUCUGAUAAAAAUAAAUAAAGUAUGUAAAUUUUAUUAGAAUUCGUAACUAAAUUUAUAUAAUUUCAUGAUAAAAUGA